UCUGACUAGGUAGAAGACGGCUACGACCGGAAGUUACUUUUUCGUAGUAGGUUAGAAGAAUUUACGCAGCAGGUUAGGAAAAGGGGUCGUGUUUGGCUUAAAAUGAUCUGUGCUCACAUAAAUAAUCGGAUAUGGAUUGUUAGUCAGGAAGUCAACUAACUAACGUUAGCUUCUUCACCAGUUCGUGUUUAUAGUUAUUUGCUAGCAAACAUACUAUUCUUUAGUUAUUGUCAAAUGAUUCCAUAUAUUGUACAUAUAUUGUACAUAACGUUAACUAGCUAGAUUCCCUUUGGUGCAAAUGUCUGCAGUAUCCUUCGUCAUAGAAAAAUAGCUAGCUAGGUAAUGUUAGCUAACUAUCAACAGCCUUUUAACAACACCAAGAAAAUGAUUUCUAUGAUCCAGUUUAAAGAAGUUCUAGAAGAAAAAGACAACGGUGAAGGUCAACUGCUCCAUCAGGCAGUGUCCAACAAUGAUGACAGACUCCUUGAUGAACUGCUCUCUCAAGAAAAGUACAGAAAGUUCAUCAACUGUAGGAGCGGCUGGGGUAUCCCAAGAACACCUUUACGAAUGGCUGCAUCUAAAGGUCAUCUCAGGUGUCUGCAGGUUCUGCUGGCCCAUGGAGCAGAGGUGGACUGUCUAGACGUGAAGGCUCAGACCCCACUUUUCACAGCUGUCUGUGGGAAAUACUUCAACUGUGUUUUAGCCCUCCUCAGGGCAGGUGCUAACCCCAAUGGCAGCUUGUAUAACAACUGCUCUCCGGUCCUGACUGCAGCCAGGGAAGGGGAUGUUGAGAUUUUGAAGCAACUUCUUAAACAUGGUGCUGAGGUCAACUCCAGAUCUAAAGUCUUGCUGUUUACUUCAAGUGCCAGUGUUUCUAGUGGUCCCCUCUAUCUGUCUGCUGUGUAUGGACACUUAGACUGCUUUAAAGUAUUGCUUCUCUAUGGGGCUGAUCCAAAUUACAACUGCACAGAUGCAAAACUACUGAGUAAAAUCAAGCAGCCUAAGACCGUGCUUGAAAUGUGCCUCAGACAUGGCUGUGGGGUGGAGUACAUCCAACUUUUGAUUGACUUUGGUGCAAAUGUCUACCUCCCCACUCUCAUCAUAGAAAAGUCCACAAAGCAGAAUGAGGCGGUGGAGCUGCUGCUGCAAGAAAGAGGUUUUCCCAAGUCCCUUGUAUCACAGUGCCGACUUGCCAUCCGAGGAUACCUCAGGACGAUCAACAGAAUCCAGUCCAUUGACCAUUUGGAAAUGCCAUCAAGCAUGAUAAACUUCUUGCAAUACAAAUCAGUCCCAACAAUUGCUAUGCAUCUCUGAGAAAGCAUAUAUUGUCCCUAUGCUUUUGCUACAUAAUGCUUACUUUUUUCAAAACAUUUCAUAGUGAUGUUGAAAUGGUACACAUUUGUUGUCCUGCAUUUGAGAAUAGUUGUGUAAUGUUUAUUCUCAAUGUUUUCAAUCAAUUAUGCAAUCAUGUUUUCAUUUUCUUGUUUUAUCCCUCUUCCAUAAUAUAUGUGGGAAUUUUUUUGUAAUAGUGCAAUGUCAGCGUAAAAUAGAAUGUACAGUAGAAAUGACAACCAUUAAAAUGUCUUAAACUAA